CUUGUACAAAACUAUAAAGCAUCCACUUCUAAAACAUAUAUCAGGGCCAAACGAUAAUGACAAUAUAAUUCGCCACAUCUUCUCGAACCACGAGAUUCGAUCCGAAUCAACAGCCAAAAAAAUUGCCGCGAAUAUUCAGAAUCUGUUUACGCCAAAAGUCGCUGCUGAUAUUGAUGCAACUCAGUUUGAAGCGUUGAAUGCAUCAACAUUACAUUGGUUUGAUUUAAAAAAGUUGGCGUGGCAAUUGUUAAAGUCGGCUUUAUAA